AUGUCUACUGUCAUGCAAGCAGUCCAAGAGACACAUGACUCGAAGGUUUAUCAACAACAUACUAACACUGUUAUAACUUUCGGUGGAAUUGAUUAUUAUCUUGAUCAAGCCCCAGCCCACGUAAUUUCUUUUCAGCCUUCCAAGCCCGCGGAUAGGCUUUCCGAUGGCCUCCAACAAAACCUGCUUCCGUGCACAGCAAUCAAUUGGUCGAAAGACCAGCUUGACAAGGAAGACCUGGAUGCUAUUAGUGCCAAAUUUGUUCUCCGUGAUGAUGUUUGGACGCCGGCGUUUCUCGAGGUCGUCAUGCUCCAAACAUCCCAGACUUCGAAAAUAUGUGUUGCGCAAGAUGGGGCCUCUGUUCUCUUAGAAUUAGAGGCUACUCAACUGCUGACUGGUCCUUAUGCAAUCCGGCCAUCAACUGGAGAGAUUUUUCAUGUAUCGCGUUUAUACGAAGAUGAUUGCAGCGCGUUCAUUGGAGGAUCUCUCACAUCCAGCGUUCAGCUUCAUUCUUCCCAGUGGCUCAUCACAGGGGGUCGUAUAGCUGUCCCUUCAAGACUUGACACAGAGUGUACACCUACAAAACCCUUAGCAGGGUUACGUUUCGCUGUCAAAGACAUCAUUGAUGUGGCCGGUCUCGAAACAGGUCUUGGAAACCGCAGCUAUCGGAGGCUCUACCCGGGCCGGCCUUUUUCAGCUCGGUGCGUCGACCGCCUCAUCGAUGCAGGUGCGGUUCUAGUGGGCAAGGCGAAGACAACCCAAUUUGCUGAGGGGGAAGCUUCCAUACAAUGGUACAGUUUCCUUCUUCAAUUUCCACCAUACUCUUCUCUUUCGUACAUAUAUGCCCUCCAAGGAUACGGCAACCAUAUUGACGGCCGAGGAGGCUCUCCAACCUUGGAUUUGGCCACAGUGAUUACACCCGCUAAGAGGCCUUUUGAAUUCUAA